GUGGCGGGAUCUCUGGGGCUUUACCACAGGAACGCAGGCCGGGGGCCCGGCCCGAGCCGUUGGGGCCUUGUGCCCCCUCCUCCAUGCCUGCCCUGGCCCAGGGGGGCACCGACUCCUCAUCCAGCCCCCGCCGGGGCCCCCACCGCAGCCACCACAUCGCCGCCAUGUGAGGGGGGGGCACGGCUGGCCCCGCGUCUCCCCCCUCUCCCCGCCGCCGCCACCGUGAGCCCCCCUGGUACCGCCAUGAUGUUCCGGGAUCAGGUGGGGAUCGUGGCGGGGUGGUUCAAGGGCUGGAACGAGUGCGAGCAGACGGUGGCCCUGCUCUCGCUGCUGAAGCGCGUCACCCGCACCCAGGCCCGCUUCCUCCAGCUCUGCCUUGAGCACUCGCUGGCCGACUGCACCGACAUCCACCUCCUUGAGGCUGAGGCCAACAGCGCUGCCGCCAUCAGCCAGUGGCCGCAGGAGCCAGCGGAGGCGGCGGUGGCCCUGCUCCUGGCCCACCUCCCGCUCCUGCAGCCAGGGAAUGCCGCCGCCAAGGCCGAGUACAUGAAGCGGCUGCAGAAAAUCCUGGCUUACGCCAUCGAGAGCAACCGCUGCGUGGAGGAGAGCCGGCAGCUCCUCUCUUACGCCCUCAUCCACCCCGCCACCACCCUGGACGACCGCAGCGCCUUGGCACUCUGGUUGGGCCACUUAGAGGAGCGUUUGGCUGGUGGCGGCGGCCCCCCGGCACGACCCCCCCGCCCCGACGCUCCUCGACGGCCGCCGCCUCCCCACGAGUGGCCUGAGCACACGGCCCCCGAGCUGGGACCGGCCUGGCCCGAAGCGGCCCCCCGGGAGAAUGGGCACCCUCCAUUCCACCCCCCUGCCAGCGGCAACGGCCUGGGGGGAGCGGCUCUGCCCUGCCAGCUGCACCCCAGCCCGCUGAAGCGUUCCCUCUCGCUGGUGCCCGGCAGUCCCCAGGGAGGGGGAAACGAAUGGCCGGGGGGGGGUGACGAGCCCGCUGUCCCCGUCGCCCCCCGCCCCCCCUUCGGGGACCACGCGCCCCUCUCGCCCCAGAGCAGCGUGGCCUCCUCGGGCAGCGAGCAGACCGAGGAGCCGGCUGGCGGCCGCAACACCUUCCAGGAGGACGGCAGCGGCAUGAAAGAUGUCCCCUCCUGGCUGAAGAGCCUGCGGCUGCACAAGUACGCGGCGCUUUUCUCCCAAAUGACGUACGAGGAGAUGAUGACGCUGACGGAGCAUCACCUCGAGUCGCAGAACGUCACCAAGGGUGCGCGGCACAAGAUCGCUCUCAGCAUCCAGAAGCUGCGGGAGCGGCAGAGCGUCCUCAGGGCGCUGGAGAAGGACAUCCUGGAGGGGGGCAACCUGUGGACAGCGCUGCAGGAGCUGCAGCAGAUCAUGGUGACCCCCAUCAAAGCCUUCCAGCCCCCCCCGGCCACUCCCCCCCCAAACGGCACCCCUGACGGGGCCCCCCCGGGGGCCACCGAAGCCUUCGCCCCCCACCCGGCCACUGACACCGAAGCCCCCGCCGCCCCCGUCCCCGACGGAGACAUCCCGGGGCAGUUCACCCGUGUCAUGGGUAAAGUGUGCACCCAGCUGCUGGUGUCGCGGCCGGAUGAGGAGAACAUCACCAGUUACCUCCAGCUCCUUGAGAAGUGCCUGAGCCAUGAGGCGUUCACGGAGACGCAGAAGAAAAGGCUCCUCUCCUGGAAGCAGCAGGUCCUGAAGCUGCUCCGCGCCUUCCCCAAGAAGGUGCCGCUUGAUGGCCCGGGCUAUCGGCCCCCCAAGAGCUGGGCCUUCGGCUCCAACUCGCUCCCCAUAGCUGGCUCUGUGGGGGGGGCGGGGGGGCGGCGGGGGCAGCGCCCCUUCGCGUUGCCCCCCCGUGCGCUGCCCCCCACCCGCCUGGGGCUGCUGGGACCUGCUGGGGGGGCCCCCACCCCCCGGCCCCCCCUCGGCGGACCCCCCCUCGGUGCCCAGGGACGCCAGAGCCUGUGGUUUGGCAGCGGGGGGGCUGGGGGCUCCCCAGGGAGCCGCAGCGCGGUGCAGCGCACCCACUCGCUGCCCGUCCACACCUCGCCCCAGGCCCUGCUCGCCUUCCCCCAGGAGUGUCCCCUCCCUGGCACCGACCUGGAGAUCAACCCCACGCUGGAGUCGCUGUGCCUGAGCAUGACGGAGCACGCGCUGGGCGAUGGCACAGACAAGACCUCCACCAUCUGAUGGCACCGCCCCCCCUCCCCAAAUAGGGGCGGGGUUCACCCCCUUAACCCCCUCCACCGGCGGGGGGGGUGUGGGGGGUGUCACCUCCUCCAUGACCAGUCACCCUCAGUGUCCCCCGCACUGUGGAGGGGCAACAACUCUAAAAUAAGCCGGGGGGGGGAUUAAUCCCCCUGCCCCCCCCUCCCCCAGGCUGGGGGGGAAGGGCGCAGGGGCCCCCCUGUGAGGGAGGGGCUCCCCGGGGCCGAUGACCUUGCGGGGGGGGGGAGCGGGGGGGGGGCUGUGUUGACACUACAGGGGCUGCGCGUGGGGGCGGGGCUCUCCCGGCCCCUCUUUUUUUUUGGGGGGGGGAGUUUGUUGCAUUUUUACCAUCUUUAAUAAUCCCCAAAUCCUGGGUUAUUGUUGGGGUUUUUUUGUUUGUUUGUUUCUUUUUUUCUCUUUAUUAUUAUUAUAUUAUUAUUAAUAUUAUUUUGUUUUGGCCCUGGGGGGGGGGGGGCGUGUCACCCUGUCCACCCCCGGGGGGGGCACUCCCCAAAUUUAGGUACAUGUUGACAGCCCCCCAGGGUGAGGGACACCCUGGGAACACCCCCCCCCUCCCCGUCGGUACAGCCCCCCCCCACACUUUGUACACGUAGCGCCGCGGCCCUUCCAGAUAGAAAUGUUAUUUUAGAUACAUUUUAUUAUGAAUAACUUUUGUUAUGACUAUGGCUGGUAACCAUGACUACGUUAUUAAACAGAAAAAAAACCCAAA